GGAUGAUGAUGAGAGUCUCAACUUCGCCAUCGCCAGGAAAUCCUCCGCCAGACUGCCCAAGACUAAGAAGAAUGUACUUGGGCUGCUCAACAAACCAGGGUUUGCCAUCCUACACUCUGGUAAGUCUGAUGCUGACCGAGACAGGAUUCUUGAUUUUAUUACCAAACAGCCUGGCUCGUGGGAUCAGUACAUCGCCUGCCUGGACGACGAGGACUUCGAGGAGCUUGCUGCCCAGCCACCCCCCCACAUUGACGACCGUCUGCAGUACUUAGGACAUAUACCACCCUCAAAAUGACUCGACUCAAGGUAGUACAACACAACGUUCACACCUGGGACACGCGUAAGUUUGACCUAACUAACACCUACAGACAGCUAGACCCAGACAUAAUUUUGAUAAACAGCCAAAAAAGUGUCCCAGUCAGUGUUGCGGUAAUUGAAUUGUCGUGAUGUGGGUAUGAGAAUUGGUGAGGUGGAGAUGUCUAUGAUGAUAGGGAUGUGGUCACUUGUAGUCAGUGGUCCUGGAGAAAUAUAGUGGUUGAGAAAAUUGGCCCUGUUGGCAAGAACAAUGUCGGGUGAGGAAGCAGAGGCGGGUCCGUAGAAGGUAGGAAAAGUAGGUCCCAAGUGUAACGCUGUUUGGUGUCUGGUGUAGUCUAACAAGUCGCGUCCAACCUGGUUGGUAGUUGUGUGACCGAGUGUUGUGUGUCUGGCAUUAAGGUCCCCUGCUAGGAGUACAGGGGUGUGUCUACGUAGGAGGCGAAGGAAGUCAGGGUGGGGUAUGUAUGGGCGCCGAGGAGGGAGGUAGGUACCAUCCUUGGGCUCAGCGUCUCAUCGCGUGGCUACACCUCCCAUGUAACUUCAAGAGUCAGCCAAGCAAGAGCUGCACUCUCCACACUGUUUCGAUUCAGAAGCCUGGAUUCCAAGAUAAAACUCCGUCUCAUCAAGGCCCUGGUGAUACCUGUGUUGAUGUACCCACCAAUCCCCAUGCACGCCCUCAGCAAGAAAUCCAUCAGCCGUCUCCAAAAAGUACAGAACAGUGCCUUACGCUUCGCCCUCAACACCCGCUGGGACGACUUUAGAACAACCGAAUCACUCCACGAGGAGGCCUCCAUACAGGCAAUCAACGUCCGGCUCACCGACCUCGCCUCUUCUAUCUGGCAACGGAUAGCAGACGAAGGAUGGGACCAGUUCAGCCACCUACAGGAACUCCAUGACGCAGCACCAGACCGCCAGCACACAUGGUUCCCAAGAAGUCUCUUGGCUCUGGAGAUGAACCCAAAUCCUGCACCUAAAUACAAAACCCCCCUGGACCGCCGCACGCCUGAGCAACGGAUGGGUCGCGAUACCUGCGAGAUGACGUGGACCAGGACUGAUGUUGGAGGCAGCCCCCACCCCAACCCGGCACCGCCCCGGAGGGCUGGAAGGCACUGCACCACACCGACGGCCACCCACCGCAGCGCCCCAUCAGACGGGACGUGCCGGCGGCGCUGACGGACAAAGCACCAGCGACCCAACGUGGACCGGGACUGAUGGAGGAGGCAGCUCCCACCCCAACCCGGCCAGCUCCGGAGGGCUGGAGGGCACUGCACCACACCGAAGGACACGUCGCUGCGAUCGCUCGUCACCCGGGGCAUCCCCGGACCAGCGCUGCCAGGCCUGGCCGCGGCACUAGCGCUAAGUGAACCGGGACUGAUGUAGGAGGCAGCCCCCACCCCAAUCCGGCCAGCUCCGGAGGGCUGGAAGGCACUGCACCGCACCGAUGGUCUCCAAGCUGCCACCGUGAGCCGCACAGGACGGGCUGUGAUAAGGAGGAAGAAAGUGCUGACUGCAGUCAGACUUACACAAAGUGAACAAUAAACAAAGUGACUAACGAACAUGACAAGACACAUUUCUAAAGUGCCGCAGACAACAAACACACACAUCAUUUGUACAGACUCAUCAACAUAUAUACCUAAUUCUCACUAAUAUAAUUAACUAACUAACCUUUUUUAAGCUGUUUACAAUUAUGUAUAUUAUUAUGCGACACUAAUAUAUUUAACAAACUAACCUUUUCAUACGUGUAAUUAAGCUGUUUACAUUAUGUAUAUUAUUAAGUGAUACUUGUAACCCCCCACAUCUCAAUCGCAUCUCCCACAGCAGUGUGGGUGGUUUUCCCCCGGACUCUCCGGUUUCCACCCAGCACUCAGCACUGCCCUGUGACGCUCAUCACUUUACCACAGCAAGCCGGACCGCCCGGGUACUUUCCUUCUCUUACUUUUUUUCUAUUUUUCACCUUCUAUCUCUUCCAGUGUAUCUCUAGCGAGGAGAUACACCAUCCCCAUCUUCUGUAUAUAUAACUUUCUGUAAAUAAACUUAUAAACUUAAACAACCACAGCCACACACAACUCUG